AGUGCAACCUUUUUGUGAUGAUGAAUAUAAAUGAGAACAGGUUUGCCCCUUUUUCCAAAAAUAUCCUAAACCGCCCUCCUAUUCAAACAGGUUGCUACUCCUGGAUCUUACAUACGGAUCCACAAUUCGGAUACAGAAAGUAAGAAGUUCAUUUUCCUUCAUUAAUUUCUUCUAUAUAGGUGUAAAUAAAGAUACUGAAUAUUUCCACUAUCUGUUAUUGAGUCUAUCAUUUGAAGGUGUAUCUCUGUUAACAAAAUACUACUUUGAUCGAAAAAAGUGGGGGCACUUGUAAAGAUAACUGGUCUUUUUGUAGACUGUGACCAUGAGGUAACCUCAGUAACCUUUUUCUGCAGGCCGCUGAUGACUGCGAUAGUUAAAUGUGUUCUGUGCUCCAGAAAAUUUCUGCAACAUAGGUAUUAUUUUAGUCAAAGCAUUUCAGUGAAACGGUAUUCUAACAGGAAAUUACAUUCUGGAUCAAUAAAUCUCCCUGGGAAGCCCAUCAGUUCCACGCAGUUCCAGUUUCAGCAGAGACAAGCACAUGAAUCACAGCAGCCUUCAAUACCGAGCCCUGUGUCAUGCCCAAGAGGUUUGGGUUUCGUUUCUAUCUCAUGUCACAAACAAGGAACGCACGGAACUCUUGCCAAGGACAGAGCGAGGAAGUGCCCGUGCUGUUGAAUCUGAAAACAAAGAAUUGAACAAGACAAGCGGUCGACUUAAUGACGGUAUCCCCCAGGUCCCAGUGAAAAGAGGGGAAUCAGAGUUCGAUUCCUUCAGGCAAUCACUACCAGCUCUUGAAAAACAGGAAGAAAUUGUCCAAACAAUAAAGGACAAUAAAAUUGUUUUGAUUAUAGGAGAGACGGGAUUGGGAAAAACUACUCAAAUCCCUCAGUUUAUCCUUGAUGACUGCUACAAGAAUGGAGCUCCCUGUCAUGUGUUUUGCACUCAGCCGAGAUGUUUAGCAGCUGUUGCUGUGGCUGAAAGGGUGGCAGCAGAAAGGAGAGAGAAGAUUGGCCAGACAAUUGGUUACCAGCUCCGGUUGGAAAGCAGUUCUGCAAGCUUUGAAGGAUUCCUGCUGGAGAAGGUUUGGGGUUUUUUCAGCAGAGCUAAUGCUGACAGGAAGCUUUCUACAGAGAAGUAGGUGGACCAUGAAGUGCUUCUUAGGAUGGAAUGUAUUUGAUUACAAUUAGCUGGGUAUUUUCUCUGUACAGCCGAACCUGUGCUGGUUGCUCUCUGUCUCCAGCCAUCUCCAUGCAUGGACUAUCCACAGUGGGAAGAAAAAACCUGCAGAACACAGCAGAGAAGGACAGAAACUUCCAUAUUCCUUCAGACAUGUGCAUUACCCACUGUAAAAUGUAAAAAACCCCAAACUAAAGAGCACAGCAAAAAGACAACAGAAGCAAGCAAGAAUCAGAACAGACCUCAGCCAUGAGUCUUGGUCAUCCACUUUAUGAGAUACAGGAUCAUACACAUAACCUAAAUAUGUUGUGAAAAUCCCAGCAAUUGGGCCAGCAGCCAUAUCAAAGACCAUACUCACAUUUUCACAGGGCAUUAGCAGAAUUUUGCUGCAGAGAAUUGCCAGGUGGGAAUAUAAUUCAUUUUCAUCCUAUCUACAGCAGAUUUGUUAAUGGUAAAGAAACAUUUAGUUCCCUGACUCUGAUACAAGUAAUGAAGUUUUUAUUCUGGCACCUUGUGUUUCCUCCUCUAUGGCAAGCCAUUUAAGAUGUGAAAUUUUUUCAAGGGGGUGACAAGCUAGAGGAGUUCCAGCCAGAUGACAAGCAAGAUGGAUGAAGAGCAAGAAGAUUGUGAUGGAUGCUGUUAAGGAAUAUUGGACAUGGGACUGAAGCUGUCUGCUUAUCACUAGUUACUAAAUUGGCUGAAUCCUUAGGCUCGAGGCUGUGAACUGUCAUGCAGAUAUGUUGAACUUUUGAGCUUUUAUCUACUUCCCUGAAAGAGGGACCCAAGAGAUGGCUGGAGCUGGAAGAUAAGGAAGUUCCAGCUAUCAGCAGAAAACACAGCCUCAGAGCUAAAAUACAAUAACAAAAUAGACCACCCAGAGACAAUGAAGAGACCUGAUGAGCAACAGGAAGACCCCAGACCCUGAUAUUAUUGGUCUGAGCUGCCACAUAAGUGUUUGGAAACUCAGACUGUUUAAUUGCCCAGGAACUUCUUUUUUCAGGGUCCCUCCCCAAAGGUACCCAGCUUGAGCUGUUUCUGCUGCUGUGCAACUUUCUUGGAUUAAAAGCCUGAGAUGCUGCUAUGGGAUACCUUGGGAGGAGAAGUUUCUUUAAAAGAUGUAAUAAUAUCUUACUAAGAGCAAGAAUAUCCAAGGUGGGGGGGGGGGGGAGGGGGCUAAAAAUAGCAUAAAAUCACAAGGCAGAGUAGUUUCUAUGUCAAACUACCUGUUACUCCUCCUUCCCUCUAAAGUGUGUGCAGCAGCCCAUAAAGGUCUAAGCAGUGACCAGGACUUUUCUCCAUCACUCCCUGACAAGCAAACACAAAACACAAAAGCCAGGAACCCAGCAAGAGUUGUGAGAUGACCAAAACAUCAGAACUGGGAUCAAAGAAUACCAAAUAACCUGGACACGGGACACACAGAAUCAUGCCUCUCACCUUCUGAGAAGAAGAAAGUGACAAAUCUUUAUUAUGCAUACCCAGAGAAACAGGAUACACUGCAAAAUUACAGAUACAGCUGCAACCUUCAUCGUUCUGCUUCAAAAGCAAAAUUUCUCAUUUUUUAAAGGCCAUUUAUGUGUACUUGUAAUGCAAGUUAUUAAAUCUAGAAUUAUGUUUAACUCCCACUUGGGAAAUUAGGAAAAUUCUAAUCUGUGUUAACAGGUCACCUGCACCUAUUACCUUAGGACUCAGAAAACCCAUUUUAUGUGUUUUUUCUGAAAUCAGUUUGGGUCUGGGUUAAUAUACAGACUCAGCUUAGAAUUGAGACUAUGUCAGCCGACUGGCAGACACUGACCUUGUCUGAUCUCUUACAGCCUAAAGCUUCUACAUGCAAAUUUAAAAGACGUUUUUCUUCGGUUUAGCAAGAUCUGGCAUCUGAAUUAUGCACAUCCACACCACCUUUAUGAAGAAGUUCACAGGGAAUUUGGUUGAAAGGAAAAUGAAAGUUAGUAAGAUACUUCCCAUCCUCUUUUGGGGAGUAAUUUUUUUGCAAGCAGGGUUUUAUUCUGAAAGAAAAAGAAUAUGUUCCUGGAAAAACUAAAGUAAAAUAAAAAUGCUUCUGUCUAUCAUGGGAGCCCAUCAGAACACCAGAUGGGCAUCAAUGCACAUUCUACCAUCUCUCAGGAUUUGGGGAUGGACCAUUAAAAAGCUAUUGAUGGCUCAUAGAAAAUGUGGAAACAAUCCUAUUUAGAAAUCAUUCAACUUAUGCAUUACACAUGCUCUGAAUUUCUUUCCCCUUGCACUUUAUUACUAAGGACAUAUGAAUGAAAGUUUUUAAACACCUCAUCUGUUCUUCUUCUGCUCCUUUCCAUCCCUGAGCCUCUUUUCAAAGAUGGAGUUACUGGCCGUAGUAGAAAAGAAUGUUGUAGAAAAGACAAUUGAAUUUCUUAUGGGAAAAGGGAGCAUAAGAGUGUCAAAAGAAUGAACAGAUUCUGUAACAAAGAGAUGCAGAAAACAUAUUUUUCUUAUAUUGGAAAGACAUAUAACAGUGACAUUCAAAACUCAGCCAGAGCCCCUGCUGAGAAAAGCACUUAACCACAUGCUCAACUUCCAAGUGGCUGCUUAUGUCCAUCAAAUUCAGCAGGGUGUGGGUGUCUGUCUGCAGCUCCUCAGCUGGUUAAAUCACUGCUCAACAGGGGAAACCACUCACCCAGGGCCUAAAAGAAUUAUUCUUAAGACAUGCACUGACUUCAGUCACUAGUACUCUACUUCAGUUCUCAGUGGGGGUAUUGUUCUAAAAACUUACUACGUAACGUUACCCUUAGAGUAUUUUUUAAUAAAUUAACCAGAAGUCCUUUACAAACUCAUUUUCUGAAUUACAGACCAACAUUACCCAGCUGCCCAAGACUGAAAUGUUUUAUAGGAGGCAAAAAAACAGUUCCCACAAGGAUUUGCUGCCCCUAUAUGCUAGCUCAAGUAAGAAUGAUAUUUUGGAAAGGGAUGUCCAAAAAAUGCACCAAGUCACUUGUGUCUCCUGGAAAAGAACCAUCAAUAAUUCUUACCCUUCAAUAUUCUCAAAACAUUUUUCAUUAACUUCUGUCACCUAAUCAGGGCAAUUGGAAGUUUUGUUUUACUUCAAGGCAGCCUUUGCAGCAUUUUGUGCAGCAGAAGGUGUCUUUCUUUUAUGAUACAGCACACCUCUGUCCUCAAAGAUCCAAACGUAGCAGAUUAAUCCUGACCCCCCUCCAUCAAUUACUAUGGUCAUUAUUUCUACAGAAAUUAUCCAAUGGUGAAAUAGCCUGUUCAACACUUCUUCCAUAGGAUGAAACCUCUAAACUCAUGUCUGCCUGAAAUUGUUCUUAAAGUAAAAUUCCUAAGGGAUCUGCAUCUAAAGUUCGUAAAGCUUGUCUCCAAGCUAUAGGACCUCAUUUUCACAGUCUUUCUCACAGAACCUCACAGAAUAUUCAGAUGAGAUUUUGAAAUUACUGUCUUGCAUUACUUAUUUAGAUGUCAUUCCUGCAUAAACAUUUAACUAGUUUAUUUCACUAUCAUCUGCCAUCACUACCAUCAUGACGCUGAAAGAUGUAUCUCAAUGCAAAUUCUGUAACAGUGAAGAACUAAUUCUGUUACCAUAAAAGCCCAUUGAAAAAUCAGCCAACUGAA